UCAAAUAUUUAAUUCAAGAAAAGAAAAAGAUAUCACUGCAACUUUUAUACUUAUUUAUCCAUUUAUUAUCGCAUUACUCAUCAGUGUAAAAAAAUAAGUAUUGUCGUUUUUGUUUUUUCUCAUUGAAUUGUGUGGAAAUGGAUCCAAUCACAGUUUUGCAAAGUAGAAUUGAACAACUGGAGGCCAAGUUAGGUUUAGCUACGAGUACGACUCCAGACGGUCAACAGGGGGAUUCCGCUACCGCUCAUUUACUUAACACCGCUCAAACUGUGAACAAUGCCACAGUGGGGCUUGAAAAGCUCUCCGAAGCUGUGAAUAUGGCCAACGAACUGAACAACUACACCGACCCAAAUUUCGUUGAAAUGAGUGAGCAGAGCAACAAGCAUGCGCAGGUGGUGGCGGCUGCGGAGCCGGUGCUGCGCCAUCACUGCUCCUGCAUGCACCGCUGCAAACAGGCUGUUCCAGUAUUAGAGUCUGAACCAAUACAGCAUGUUCCUGAAAUGCAGGCAGCUGUUGAUAACAUGAACCAAGCUGCAGCAGAAGUAAAAGCUGAAGCAGAUGCAGUAUCUCUCGGAAUACAAGAAAUAGCAGAGACGUGCGGAGCCGCCGCGGCGGCGGCGUCGGAGCAGCUGGCGGGCGCGGCGCGCCGCGUGGAGGAGGCCGAACACAAGCUGUUCCCUCAGCGCAGGAACGGCCUGGAUUAGCCCCGCUUGCCUCUCGAUUCUCCAUUUCUACUCUACGCUCUACUACUGCUACUGGGCUCGUAGCCGAGAGUACAAACGAUCACUCUCUGAAUUCUGAACCCUAACGUACGUCCUCUGUCGCUCUUCCGCAUUGGUGCGAUACAGACAGUUGCAUAUCCAUCGCCACGAACAGAGAUGGCCAUUAAUCGAGUAACUUUUUCGACUAAUUAACCCGUGGAGCGCCCUAUAGACACACCGUGUCUAUAAG